AUGUCUUCCCAAAGUCGCAUAGCCGAACUAUCGGCCGUUGUAGCAGCUCAUACACACUUAAUCGAUACCUACCUCGCUGAGAAUGCAUUGCCAUAUCCAUCUUUCGAAGCAGAUGGUCCAACUGAGCUCGGAUUACCGGCGGAACUAGAGGAAUCCCGAGCGUUAGUUCUUCAAGCAACGCAAGAGCUCAAUGAUCUUCUACAAACACCAAGGGAUUUGCUUUAUAACCAUCACCACAACCGUUUGUUGUAUAUGAAAGCCAUUUAUCGCUUUGAUAUUGCCCAUCAAGUACCUUUAGAUGGAGAAAUCACGUACAGGGAUUUAGCGGCAAUAGUAGGAGUCGACAGCGCUGCCCUUAGUCGUAUCCUACGCUUAGGCAUUGCGUAUCGUAUCUUUAGAGAACCUCAUCCUGGUGUUAUCGCGCACUCGCCAGCCUCUAGAAGUAUCGCAGAGGACUCGGGUAUUUCAGAUUGGAUGGGGGCGAAUACACAUGAGCUAUGGCCAGCAGCAGAAAAAACUGUUGAAGCACUUAUCAAGUGGCCCGGUGCAACAGAACCCAAUCAAGCCGGAUUCUCGCUUGCUAAGGGUACGAAUGACCCUUACCUUAAGGAGCUCUCCAAGGACCCAGAAAAGGCACGUCGAUUCGGUGGUGCUAUGAGCUUCUUUAUCAGUGGUCCCAAAUUCUCGCCGAAUCAUCUAACCGAUAACUACCCUUGGGCUACUCUAAACUCUGUUGUUGAUGUGGGCGGAUCUCAUGGUGACAUGGCUUUCGCCUUGGCCCGCAAGUAUCCGAACCUUCACAUUACGGUACAAGAUCUACCUACAGUAGUCGCGAGUGCGAAAAAGGAAAAUGGCCUAAAUGUUCAAUUCAUGGGUCACGAUUUCUUCGAAGAGCAACCUAUCAAGAAUGCCGAUGUUUAUUUAUAUCGCUGGGUCCUUCAUGACUGGCCUGAUAAGUACUGCGUUAAGAUCUUAAGGGCACUCAUACCAGCUUUGAAACAUGGUGCGCGAGUCAUCGUCAUGGAAGCAGUCCUUCCCCCUUUUGGAGUUAUUCCUAAUGAUAUGGAGCGAAAUUUGAGAGCUAUGGAUAUAUCGAUGCUUGAACUUAGCAAUGCCAAAGAACGCGAUCUUGACGAAUGGAAAACAUUGUUUCAGGAAGCUGAUCCUAGGUUCAUCUUCCAAGGUGUAAAGCAACCGUCGGGAUCCAAUCUAGCCAUUAUUGAGCUCGCGUGGGAGGGAUGA